AUGAGUUACGGAAAUUAUGGCAGUGGUAACAACCCGUAUGCUCCACAAGCAUCACCAGGUUACCCUCAAUCACCCCAAUACGAUAAUGGACCAGCGAUUGGACGAGAUUCUUAUGGCGGACAAAAUGUUGAGAUGGCAUCCUUAGCACAGAAUGGAAGUCAGCCUGGAGAACAAUAUGACCCAAAUGCUAUCCUUAAUAGAUGUCGCCAAAUCGACAUGGAAAUCGACAAAACUGCGAGAGGCAUUGGCGCUUUGGAGGCACUUCGUGGUCGAAUCAAUGGAGAAGUUGAUCAAGGUGGUAUCACUAUCGAUCUCAAGGAUAUCUCCUUCCAAACCAUGUCGCAGCACCGAGAUUUGAUUGAAGAGCUUCGAAAAACCAAACUCAUGCCCGAUUCUGGCAGUGACAUGAAUACAAAGCAAAUUGGCAGAGUGCAACGUAAACUCAAGAAGACAAUGGAGGAAUUCAACGCAAAGGAGCAACAGAUCAAUAACGCCGUCCGAGACCAAAUGAGACGAGAAUACCGCAUUGUCAACGCAGACGCUACCGACGAAGAGAUUGCUACCGCUGUACCGGACUCGGAGCCCCAGCAAAUGUUCCAACAGGCCUUGAUGACAAGCAACAGACAGGGACAGGUAAAUACAACUUUGAAUGCUGUCAGAGACCGAAACGAAGCCAUCAAGAAGAUUGAACAAGAUAUUAUUCAAAUUGCAGAACUGUUCUCGGAGAUGGAGAACUUGGUUGUGCAACAAGAAGCUGCCGUGGUCAACAUCGAAAUGAAGGGAGAAGAAGUUGUGGAUAAUAUGGAUAAGGGAGUUCAACAAAUUGAUACAGCAAUUGUCAGUGCGAAAUCGAGAAAUAGAAAGAAGUGGUAUUGCUUAGCAGUUUGUGUCAUCAUCGUCGCCAUUAUCGCCAUUGCCUUGGCUGUAUACUUCACCAAUAACAACAAGAACAAGGACAAUAACGAUAAUAAAGCUGCCAAAAGAUCCAUCCCUACGAUUGUGUCAGCACCAAUUGUACCAGGCACAGAUUUUGCUACAUCAGAUAGAUUGGUUGUACCAGGUGUGAGCUUCUUAGAAUCGAAGAUAAUGGUUCCAGGCAAACAGUGGAGUGAAGAUAAGGCAGUUGUUCCAGAUGUCGACUUUACGCCUGUGGUUAGAAAGUGGAAGAAAUUCGUCGCAUGA